CUGUGCCUGUCAUUGUGUUCCUCUCCAGCAGAAUUGGCCUCAGCACACAAACUGCCUGCUUAUAAAAACUUUAUACUUUGAAAACUUCUUGCUUAAUUUGAUGCACUGUUUUGUUUUUUGCCAAAAAUAACUUUUCAUAGAGGUUUGGACCUCCUUGGCUACAUCAGACAGCUAGCAUGGACCUUGGAGCAAAGUGUUUCUGGGCCAGCAUCCUGUUACACGCAUUCGUUCUUCAAAACUGCUCCUGUGUUUCGGUUCGUUUCCUGAGCCAGAAGACCAUCUAUGUGGUGAACGGGGAGACUCUGGUCCUGCAGGCUGAGUUCGAGGUGCCCGUGGAAGAUCGUAUCACCAAGGUCACUUGGGAGCAUGAAUCUGAAGGGAAGAAAAAUUCUGGGAAAACCUUGCUAGCUGAAUAUCCUGAUAAAAGCUCUGGAGGAAGGGCGAUUUUGGAUAAAAGCGGGUCCGUGAUUACGUUACGGAACUACCAGAGAUCGGACAACGGCGUGUACACAGUCACAGUCCGAGACCAUAAAGGAGGUCAAAGUUCAGCGCACUGUACCGUCCAUGAGUAUGAUGCUGUGCAUCACGUGUCGGUGAUGGUGAACGUGACACACUCCAGCCUGCACUGCAUGGAGGCUUGGGGGACGGAGCCCGUCUUCCGUUGGCUUCACGAGAAAGCUGCAGUUACAGAGGCAGUGGGACGAGUGUCAGAUGAUGGAACGUCUCUGUACUUGAACUCAGCGCCGUGUGGCCACUACACGUGCAUGGUGAGCAACAAGCUGGGCCAUAGCUCGGCUACCUACACAGCAGUGCCCUGCGAGAGAGAACGCAGUGGUACUGCUGUAGCUGUUGUAUGUCUCGUGCUCUUGCUGCUCUUUGCUGGUGGUUUGGCCUUCCUGCUCUGGAGGAAACACAUGAGUUACAGCAACAGAGGUGAAAGACUCCGAGAACCAGAAGAAGAUCUUUGACCUUCAGUCUGCAUACUGUGAAGAUAUGAACUCUGAGGGAUCAGUCCUCCGAUCAUUUCACCGAGCAUUUGUGCCAUUAAGAAAUGUUUUAUAUGCAAGCAGGGUUUUAGUGUUCUGUUUUGCUUUUCUUUUGUCACAGUUGGACAAAUGAAGUUAUGCAAAUGAAUGCAAUGUUUUUAUUUAACCCUCAAUGGACCUCAAUUAAGUUGUGGAACUUUGUGAAAGUGUAUAUUUUUAUAUACGAUGAAUGAAGGCAAAUUAUGUUUUUGUGCAAAUUCUACGGGAAAGAAACUGCAAAAGAUUACAGUCAAUGGUCCUUUAAAAAAGCUUAAUGACUGCUUUGGACUGUAUUGGCUGACCUUUGUUUAUGAUGGG